AGGGUGUGGAGGGUAUCCGAUACGCGUGACAAGCAGAUCCCUAUCAACACGCGAACGAACACACAGCUUAACUAGUGAAACGAUAUUCUCGACAGAAGCAUCGGACUUUACGCCAGACUCGGAGCCAGUAGACCCUCGUCUAGCGAAGCGGCUAAGGCUAUCCGAGCGACGAGCAGAGAGCCUUAUACUCGACGUGCCCACACCCAAGCCAACGCCUUCGCCGAUCCCCAGCAGCCCAGACCUCCGUUCCUCUGGAAUCAGCAGCAAGCCUAGUUCCAAAUCUGUUGAUAAUGGCACCCAAGGCGGUCGAGCCGGAAGCCCAGCCCCGUCAUUAAACGACGUCGAUGAAGAGAGUCACGAUAAUGGCGCGCAUGCUCAGGGGACAUUCGAGGAGGUGCUCUCCUCCACAAGACAGCUCGUCCCUCUUGAAGGGGUAGAGAGCGAAAUGAACGGAGGUGACAGUGCUAAUGCUUCUAAGGGAAGCCACGAGAAUGGGCUCGGUCAGGUCGGCGAGGUGUCCGGUAGACCCUCAGUGAGAACCUCUCGACGGAGGAAACGCAGCGAUCGUCCAGUGCGGGAGAGGGGGCGCAGUCUACCACAGACUACUGCUAGACGACGAGGCCAGAGCACGAUGCCUAUGGGAAUAUCGCGAAACACAACGCCAUCUCAUCUUCUUCAGCUGUCUAGGUCCAGAGCGGAUAGCGCGACUCGGUCUUGCUCCCCACAAACAUUCCCUCGGAAACCGAAGACGGGAAGGGGAACUAGCAGCAACUAUAGAUCUGGCACCAACAUUGCUUAUCAGAUAACCGAUCUCGCGCAUUAUCACAUGCCAAAGGGCUCGUCGAUGGUGGGGGUAACCGUGCAUCGCAGCGAUUCGAAUGCAUCUUUCGACCCGAUAGCCGUAGAUCACAGGCUCCUCGGUGGUGAAGGCGAAGUUUUUCGCAUGGUGCAGCUGUCGCCGAAUCUAUGGAUGCUACUGGGAUAUCGAUAUGACCAUGGCGAGCCCGGCGUAUGUACCCGCAAAAGCCCGACGCUGCUCAAUGUAGACCAGGCGAGCGAUCUCUUCAGUGAUGCUGUCAGUCAUAACACUGACCACGUAGACGACGACGAAGAGUCCGAGAAUGGCGAGGAAGAUCCCGGCGAAUGCAGAACUCAUGCUGGUAAUGGCAAGCGGAGGACGUAGGUAUGUUGGGCGCCGUCGGAUGAAGCACGUUCACUCUCGUACUAGGAUAAGAUGGACACGGACAGGCAUCAGAUAGUUUCUCGUUUCCCGGGUCGGUCGGAGGGCGCGGUCAAACUGCACGAUUUCGCGUUACACAACAAGCGUUUGUAAAGCUAUUGCGAGAUCCCCAUGAUCUCAGGUAGGUAGUGUGUGCUUCAGAAAAACUAGUCAUGAUCCAACCCUACUUAGACUAAAGCUAGGUUGUGAUGAUGACCUGGAAAUGCAGAAGCAUGCUCG